AUGCCGCGACAGGAAUCUCUAGAAGCGGCGCCCGCGCAGGUGGCGCCGAAGGCCCCGCCACCCUUGCCAGGGGCGGUCGCGGCGCCGCAGCACGCCGCGGCUGGCCCAGGCGGGGGCUCCGCCAGCAGCGGAGGUGCGAAGAAGACGGCGAAGGGGAAAAAGGGGAAGAAACCGCGGAACGACGAGAGGGGCGACGGGGACGAGGCCGACGACAACGGCGAGGCGGAGCAGCCAGCGAAGAAGGCCGAGGAGGCGCCCGAGCCGCCGGCGAAGAAGGCCAAGAAGAAGGGUGCCGCGGCGAAGGCUGGGGCGUCAAAGCCCCCGGAGGAC